GCGGGGCCGCCCCUGCCCGCACACCCGGAGGGGUGGAAACAUGGAUGAAGUAAAGACCGCUCUAAGGAUCAUAGAGCAGAAGUACAAGCUCUUCCUGCAGCAGCAGUUCACGUUUAUUGGAGCCCUGCAACACACCCGAGAGAACGCACAUGACAUGCUCAGACCUGUGGCAAGCAUCGACCAGGUACAGUCCUACCUGGACCAUUACUGUCACAACUCCACAGACAGGCGUAUCCUCAGCAUGUUCCUCAACAUCUGUGAUGACCUCAGAAAGCUCUGCUACCAGCUGGAAACUGUGCACUCUGGCAACAACAUAACCAACAACCUUCUGGAGAGAUGCAAACUGCUCCUGAGCCACAGCAACGACCUCAGCCUCCUCCGAGCUAGAUACCCCCACGAUGUUGUGAAUCACCUGAGCUGUGAAGAAGCCAGGAACCGUUACGGAGGGGUGGUGAGCCUCAUCCCCAUCGUGCUAGACUGUGUCAAGGAGUGGGUCACCCACACGGAGAAGCUGACGUGGCACAAGCUGCGUAAUGUGAGUGGUGGAAGUGGUGCCUCUGAGAAGGGGGCACCCCAGGAUGCACCUGAUAGGGCAGCCUCUUCCCAGACACCAUCUACUAAGCCCCCGGAGGCUGAGAGCACAGCUAAAAACGAAGUUAAUGUAAAAGUGCAGGACAGUAAGAAUGUCCAGAAAAAGCAACUGACUGACACAGGAAGUCACAGUGGGCAACGUAAGGCUCCCUGGAAACCACCGGGUAGACAUGCCUUUUAAAGGAUCAGAGCUCAUGCAUCUUCUGCUUACCACCCUGGAUCCAGUGGCUGAUUACAGACAAUGAAAAAACCACUACAGAUCCUUCCUACCCGAGUCCACUUCCUGAAGAGUUAGCCCUGUAAGCCAGCACGGACAGAGACAUUCUCCCUUACCCAUAGCCCCACUCUCCUCCUUAGAGUUGUAUCCCAUCAGAAAUAGCUGUAGCACUGCAGCUGGUCCCUUUGACCAGCAGGGUGCAGUCAGAAGGAGUUAGGUUCUAACCACUCAGCCACAAAUCUGGGGCAAGCUCCUUGAAAAGGAAUUUUACACUUUCCCACACUUCUUUCAGAGGAACACCCACUCGCCAGCCCAAGCCAGAGGUGUGAAGAACCUGCAUGUCUGAAGGCCACGAUGCAGAGCAGCAAAGGCCUCUCAUUAGGGAUUCAGAUGUUUGUUUUAAGAUUUAAGCUUCUGCCUGAAGUUCCCUCAGCCCACCAGAAUUUCCUGGUUAUUUGGACCAAAGAACCAAAGCCUGCAGGACACUAAUGGUGUCUCCCUUAGCCAGAGUGCUUCAGCUGCACCAGCUGUGCUCUGCUGCCUCCUUCUUGCAGGUUCUCACACCUUUCCAGUAGACACCACAUGAAACAUCUUCCCUUACAUCUGUUUGACUCCUUUGCUGUCCUGUAAAGGAGGACAAACUUCAGUUUGCACUUGGCUUGAUGUACUGACAAUACCCAAACUUGAAUAAA